AUGAGAGCAUCGUUGCGCCCGGGGAGUUUGAUACAGGUCGAGACGAUGCCUUUCUUGGCUUACUUGGUAGUAUCGAGCCUUCUCGAUCACCAGAAUCGCAUGGUACACUAUCGACAAUCGCAAACGGCCGCUCAUAGAAACCCUUCGCAAAGCGUUCCAAUCACCUCGGAUAACGCAAGAUCCAUCUUUUCCUCGACCUUUCCUUUAAGAAGCACCACCUCCGGUCUUUUACACACUCAGCCUCCAGCCUCGGAUGUUCAGCGCCGUCAACACUCCGCUUCGGGCACUAAACGGAAAGCCAACGGAUCUCCAACGUCUGAUCUUGAUUCGAUUGAUGAAGAUAACGCCAAUGCCAUCAAACGACAGCGCAACACUGUCGCAGCUCGUCGAUAUCGUCAAAAGGGCCGCGACCGCAUAACUGAGUUGGAAACUACUUUGAAAGGUGUCGAAGAGGAGCGGGACAAACUGAAGUUGCAGCUCGCAAGAAAAGAGGCCGAGGUUGACGCAUUGAGGGAGAUGAUGAAGAAGUAG